GGUUGGGCGGGGAGGGGAGACCACUGAGGGCAGCGCGGCCAGCUCUGGGCCAGGGGGUCCAAAGUGCUCGGCCCCAGGGCACAGCCGGACGCUUGGGGCCUUCUUUCGGCAGGGGACAGCCUGACUGGGGGUGACCAAGCUGGAUGAUGGACGCUUUUGAAAUUAACUCCCUGGACUGUCUCUGACUUAACAGAGACAGUCCCCUGAAGAGAGUUCAGGCCCCAAAGGUGGGGGAACGAGGGUACAGAUGUCCUGACCCUUGGUGUCCCCCAGGACAAUGGCAUCUCUCAGCCACAUCUUGGUUCUUUGUGUGGGUCUCCUCGCCAUGGUCAACGCAGAAGCGCCACAGGAACACGACCCAUUCACCUAUGACUACCAAUCCCUGCGGAUCGGAGGCCUCAUCAUCGCCGGGAUCCUUUUCAUCCUGGGCAUACUCAUCAUCUUGAGCAGAAGAUGCCGGUGCAAAUUCAACCAGCAGCAGAGGACUGGGGAACCUGAUGAAGAGGAGGGAACUUUCCGCAGCUCAAUCCGCCGUCUGUCCACCCGCAGGCGGUAGAGACACCUGGUGCGAUGGAACCCAGCCAGGUCCUGCAGCUCUGACUAGGCUGGAGGAGGGAGGGGGGAGGAGGAGGGGGCGAAGGGCUG